AUGGAAAACGAAGGCGACUGGACUUGUGACGCCAAUGAUGCCGUCAACAUCACGAUAGUUCAAUCCGACGAACAGAAACUCAAGACACUUUCAAGCUUCCAUCCUCAAUUUACAUACCCCAUCUUCGGCGAUGACGAGCAAAUCUUUGGCUAUAAAGGUUUGAUUAUUCGUUUGCGAUUCGCGGCGCAUGAUCUCCGCCCGCAUCUUCACAUCUCGUACGAUGAGAAAUUCAAGCCCGUGGGAGAUACCGCUGCAUCUGACCUUUUAAAAAUUCUAAAGCCAUGGGUAUCAGAAGAGGCCUUUUGCACACUUCCCGAUUAUGAGAAAGCGGUGCUAGAAGAUAAAGAUGGGAAGGACUUCAAGCCUCCAGGCAAGCUAGUGCACAGCUAUACAUCUAGGAACAGAAACUAUGAGAUUUGGGCAGGCUCCCUCGCGGAUGCCGAUGUUCGACGAGUGUUGGAUCGCGCGCAGGUUUUUGUAUCGCUCUUCAUUGAGGCUGGUACUCCCCUGGACACAGAUGAUCCUGAGUGGACGCUAGAGAGAUGGACAGUAUACUUUGUAUACGAGAAAGUGAAACCUCCCACACCCACAGCUUCACAAUAUUCGAUUGUCGGAUAUUCGACAACCUAUCGCUGGUGGUAUUAUCACAGAAACAAGACACAGGCGCCGGUGGUCAAGAAUGAUCCCUUCCCACCAAGCACUGAGAUCCGUCCAGCCCAACUCCCAGCACGGUUGCGCAUCGCCCAGUUUUUGAUCCUCCCUCCCCACCAAAAUUCCGGACACGGCAGGCACUUGUACACAACUAUCCAUUCGGCAUGUAUUGAUGACCCAACUGUCGAAGAAUUGACCGUCGAGGAUCCCAAUGAAGCUUUCGACGUUCUCCGCGACUCUGCAGACUAUCAAAUUCUGCGUCCUGAAUUCCUCAAGCACAACGUAAACAUCAACCCUGAUCCUUACGAGGUGCACUCAAGAAAUCAACGGCCAUGGCUUGUUCCAACAGCCACCCUCAUUCCAGUCAAGCUUCUUCAUGACAUCCGCAAAUCUUAUAAAAUUGACUCCACCCAAUUUGCCCACAUUCUUGAGAUGUUCCUUCUGGGCCAGAUCCCUCUUAAAAAUAGACAUGCAGGCGGAUUCAACAUGUCGCGGCUUUUGAUCAAGAAGUACAGAGCAGAUGACCCUAAUGAGCGGCGAUACUACUGGUGGCGCAUGCUCACCAAACAGCGCCUGUACAAACGCUCCAAAGAUAUCCUGAUUCAAUUGGACCUCGGCGAGCGCAUCCAGAAGCUCGAGGAGACGGUCACGAAUGUCGAGGAAGGCUACGAAGUGCUACUUAAAGAGUUCACUGCUCGUGAACAGAGCCUCAAGGUUCUAGAAGAAGCAGCUGAGCAAACCGAGUCGCGUGCAACCGCGGUGGAAGAUGAGGCGAACGCAAGCCCCAGUGGCACACUUGGCAGAGAUCAACGGGUCAAGCGAAAGUUUACGGUGGAGGAUGAUGACGAAGACGAGGCAGAGACGGAGGACACAGCCAAACGAACGAAAGUGUAG